UCUGUAGUAUAAUAGCCUGAGCUGACCGAUGCAGCGCUCCAAAGUGCAGAUUGUCCUCCAGCACAUCCCUUCACUCCACUCCAGCCUGACUGACCACUCCCAAGAUGAGAGCUGGUGUUUCUGUUCUGCUCUUAGUGGCGCUCGCAGGGUUUGAGAGCGUGCUGUCUGCAUCACUGGAGGCAGUCAGAGGGCAGGAAUUGCUUGAUGAAACAGCAGAUGAGAUUAGUGACCUGCAGAAAAGAGAUGAUGGCAUGCUCAAGGAAGCAGAAGCAGAAGAGGGAGAAAGUGUAGAGGAUGGAAACUUCAUGGAGGCUAUGAGAGAUGAAAUAGAAGAAAUGACACAAGAAGAGGAGACUGAAGUUGCACACAUGAGACGAGAGGAGUACACUGAUGAGGGAGAAAGUCUAGAGGAUGGAAACUUCAUGGAGGCUACGAGAGAUGAAAUAGAAGAAAUGACACAAGAAGAGGAGACUAUGGUUGCACACAUGACACGAGAGGAGGACACUGAUGAUCUGACAGAUGAAGAAGCUGCAGCAGAAGUGGACACAGCGGUUGAGAGUCUGGAAACGAUGGAAGAGGAAAGCAAGGAGUCAGAAGAACAUGUCGAGGUGGAGGAGAUUAAAGCCCUGGAUGAAGACUCUGAGGAUGCAUCCCAAGAAGGAGCUUUGGAGGAAUGAGUCAGAAGAUGCUGUGCAAUGAAAGGAGCACCUGUGUAUCCACCAGAGAAUGAAAGGAGCAAACAUACUCUUCUCAAUAAAUGAAUUUAAUACCGUA